UUCCCAUUGUCUCUGACAAGAAAAUUGGUUCUAGACCCUUCUGUCGGAGAAUAUGAAAGAAAAGGAAGAAUGUGUGUGGAUUUAAAAUUACUGUAUUUAUCAAGUUGUGGAGUGCGAAGUACUGGGGAAGCAGCUUGCUCUGUUGCUCAUUGUAGAUCUACUACAAAUUGUUUCUGAUGCAGCUGAGAAAAAUGCAGACCCUUAAAAAGGAACACGGACCUGUUGACACAAGUAGCAAUGUGGACAAAAUCAUGGUACUUAAGUCUACUUUAGCAGAAGUGUCUGAAGAAUUGUCUACGAAUGAAGAUAUGCUACUUACUGAAGCAAGUAGUGGAAAAAGCAAAUCUUCAGCUUGCCGGAGAAAGCGAGAGUUCAUUCCAGAUGAAAAGAAAGAUGCUAUGUAUUGGGAGAAAAGGCGGAAAAAUAAUGAAGCUGCCAAAAGAUCUCGUGAAAAGCGACGACUGAAUGACCUUGUCUUAGAGAACAAACUAAUUGCACUGGGAGAGGAGAAUGCCACUUUGAAGGCGGAGCUGCUUUCAUUGAAGCUCAAGUUUGGUUUAAUUAGUUCUGCAGCCUAUGCCCAAGAGAUACAGAAACUCAGUAGCUCAACAACUGUGUAUUUCCAAGACUAUCAGAGUUCCAAAUCAAAUAUUAACUCAUUUGUAGAUGAACACGAACCAUCUAUAGUUGGUAGCAGUUGUAUUUCUGUCAUUAAACAUUCUCCUCAAAGCUCGAUGUCCGACGUGUCUGAAAUAUCCUCGGUAGAGCAUACUCAACCAAGUCGUAUACAAAACAGCUGCAGAAGCCCUGAAAAUAAGUUCCAGAUUAUAAAGCAGGAGCCCGUGGAAUUGGAGAGAGAGCCAAGGGACGACAGAGGUUCAUAUAAAGCAUCCAUAUAUCCAAACUACAUGGGAGCUACCUUUAAUGUGUACUCACAUUCUCCUCCUCUCUUGCAAGUUAAUAGGUCCUCCAGUAAUUCCCCUAGAACGUCGGAAACUGACGAUGGUGUAGUUGGAAAGUCAUCUGAUGGAGAAGAUGAACAGCAGGUUCCGAAGGGUCCAAUCCAUUCCCCCGUUGAACAUAAAAACGUUCAUGCCACAGUUAAAGUUCCAGAAGUGAAUUCUUCAGCUUUGCCUCACAAGCUCCGAAUUAAAGCCAAAGCCAUGCAAGUCAAAGUGGAAGCAAUGGAUAAUGACUAUGACGCGACACAGAAGUUGUCGUCACCCAUUGACAUGUCCUCAAAAAGGCAUUUUGAGCUUGAAAAACACAGUGCACAAAACCUGGUGCAUUCUUCUCACACUCCUUUCUCGGUUCAAGUGACUAACAUUCAAGACUGGUCACUUAAACCGGAGCUCUGGCACCAGAAGGAACUCAAUGUAAAAAUUCAGAGUGGUUGCAAAACUGGAGUUGUUGAAAUAAAAGACAAUAUCUACAAUGUCUCUGAGUCAGAGAACCUGUAUUUGAAGCAGGGCAUAGCAAACUUGUCUGCAGAGGUUGCCUCACUUAAAAGACUCAUAACUACACAACAAAUCUCUGCAUCAGACUCUGGUUAAGUUACUACUGAAUAAAGGCUUACUGUUUUAACGGAUGUCAUUUGCAGUAGAUCAGUAUGUUUUGUAUUAUGCUGAAUUUUCACUGGACUUGUGAUGUCAUUUCACUGUAAUGUUCACAUGAUGUCUGAUUGGUGUCUUCUUGUGCACAAAUUAUGAUGAGGACUAGGUUGUGUUAUGAUCACUAUGCCUUGUGUAUAGUCAAGUAGCCUGUACAAAGGCUGUAUAUAGUGAACUUUAUUUUCCUUUGGUUCUUCUACUAUAAAGUGUGCGAGUUACCAGUUACAAUAAAAUAUUGGUGACAAACA